ACUCAUCAGCGCAGUUGCAGCGGCCGUUGAAGGAAACCACAAGCCCCUUACAACAGCAACUGCGAACAGAAGAUUACACUUGGAUUGAGUCAAACAAGUAAUGAAUGAGAAAAUAAAAUCACCCUCUGGGCAGGGUGGUGCAGCUGGAGGAGCCGGUGCAGGACCACCGAGCGGACCCGGCGGUUCAGCCGGCUCUGGCGGACCUGGUAGUGGUGGUAAUGUUGGUCCAGGCUCCGUAGUUCCCGGUGGUCCAGCGACACCCAACUCAGCAAUAGGCAGUGGACCGCCAGUUGGUGGUCCACCAGCAUCAAAUAACGGCAGUGAUCCACAACAACAAACAGUUCCACAUACAUAUGGACCGCCAGGCGGUGACCCAGCAGCGGCAAUAUCACAUUAUCAUCUACAUCAACAACCACAUCCACAACAACAUUUGCCCCAUCAACAGGGUGGUCCUGGUGGCCCUGGUGGCCCACAGAAUCCCGGAGAACAUCCACAAAAAGAUGAAUAUGGACAAAGUCCCUUAGGUGGACCGCCACCGGGAGGACAUCAUCCCGUUUAUGGACGUUAUCAUCAUCCAGAUCCAAACAUUGAUCCCUAUCGCUAUGGGCAUUCUCCCAUGCAGCAGCCACCACCCGGUGGUAAGCCGCAACAGCAACCGGGACCACCGACGGGACCUGGAGGCGGUAUAGCCUCAUCAAGUCGACCACCACAACAACGAUAUAUUCCAGGGCAGCCACCACAAGGUCCUACACCCACUUUGAAUUCGUUGCUACAGUCGUCGCAUCCACAGCCACCACCACAACAUCGUUACGCAAAUAGCUAUGAUCCGCAACAACAGCAACAACAAAUUCCACAACAGCAACAACAGGGCGGACCACAGGCUCCACACGGCCCGCCACCGCCACCACAUCAACCAUAUGGAACGCAACAAGGCUGGGCACCACCACCGCGUCCAUACAGUCCACAAUUGGGGCCCUCACAGGCCUACCGAACACCACCACCGGUAAGUGGAAAGAAUAGCAAUUUAUAUUUGACAUUCAAAACAAUUACUCUCGCUGACUUGUCAAUUUCAUUUUGUUUAUUUGGACAAUUUAGUUUCUUUUAA